CGAGGAAGCAGAGCCUCGUAAUUUCUCUCUUUCUCUCUCUAGAAUAUCUUCCAUCUUCAUCUGCCCCAUGAACAACGUCGUCUGGCUGUCGGCGUCUGCGGUCGCCCUCCUCGCCAUUGUGGCCCUCUCUCUCCUCAACUCCAGCUAUUUAUCAGACGUGAGAUUGUUGCUGCCCUCGUCGUCUUCGGAAGUAGCGGAUUUGGUGGUCACAAAUGCACUCAUCUACACCAGUGAUCCUUCUCUCCCUUUCGCCGAUUCCAUGGCCAUUCGACGCGGGAGGAUUCUCCGUGUUGGCAACCAUUCCUCUAUUCAGAUUGCACAGGUGGAACUUCGAGGUGUGAAUAGAAAAGAUGAGUUUGUUAGAAGGAUCAAGGAAGCUGUAAAAAAUAAGAAACAUGGUUCCUGGAUGUUGGGUGGUGGAUGGAACAAUGAUUUUUGGGGCGGAGAAUUGCCAGAAGCCUCUUGGAUUGAUGAUCUUACACCUCACAAUCCUGUUUGGCUAUCAAGAAUGGAUGGUCAUAUGGGCUUGGCAAACUCACUGACAUUAAGAAUUGCUGGAAUUACUAGUAGCACUGAAGAUCCAGAUGGUGGAAUGAUUGUGAGAAAUACUUAUGGAGAACCAACUGGAUUGCUGAUUGAUUCUGCAAUGACGCUUCUCCUCCCGUGGAUUCCAGAGGUCUCAGUGGAUGAAAGGAGAGAGGCUUUGGCAAGAGCCAGCAAUCUUGCCUUGAAAAGUGGGGUGACCACAGUUGUUGAUCUGGGUAGAUAUUUUCCUGGCACAUCAACAGAGCUUUCCUGGGAUGAUUUUUCAGAUGUAUAUCAAUGGGCUGAUUCUUCAGGGAAAAUGACUAUUCGAGUAUGCUUAUUUUUUCCAAUGGAGACAUGGUCACGGUUACUUGAUCUCAUCCUAAGGACAGGUCGUGUUCUCAGUCAAUGGAUUUACUUGGGUGGUGUUAAAGCAUUUGCUGAUGGAUCUGUGGGAUCUAAUAGUGCACUCUUCUAUGAGCCAUACAUUGAUGAGCCAAACAAUUAUGGCCUACAAUUGAUGGAGUUUGAUAGUUUAUUCAACAUGACUCUGGCAGCAGAUAAGUCUGAGCUUCAGGUUGCUAUUCAUGCAAUUGGUGAUAAAGCGAAUGACUUGAUCCUGGAUUUGUACGAAUCAAUUUUUUCUAUGAAUGGGAUGAGGGAUCGAAGAUUUAGAAUUGAGCAUGCUCAGCACUUGACACCAGGGACACCAGCCCGAUUUGGUGAACUAGGGAUUUUUGCUUCAGUGCAGCCAGAGCACCUCCUGGAUGAUGCGGACUCCAUGGACAAAAAACUUGGGGCAGAUAGAGCGCAAAAUGAGUCUUAUCUAUUUCAUUCCCUGCUAGCUAACAACGUACAGUUGGCAUUUGGUUCUGAUUGGCCAGUAGCAAAUAUUAAUCCUUUAGGCGGUAUCAGGACAGCAAUGAAACGAAUACCUCCUGGUUGGGAAAAUGCCUGGAUUCCGUCUGAAUGCAUUUCACUGAAGGAUGCAUUAAAUGCAUACACUAUUUAUGCUGCCCGUGCAUGCUUCCUUGAUCAUGAUUUGGGAUCAUUAUCACCUGGAAAACUGGCAGAUUUUGUUAUCCUGUCCACCAAAUCUUGGGAUGACUUUGCAGCAGAAGGAUCUGCAUCCAUAGAGGCAACAUAUGUUGGCGGUAAACAAGCCCACCCCUGAAUGCCCACGAUCACAUGAAAGCAAUGGUGAGAGAAAUACGCUUCCUUUGUGGGAGCACAAAUUUUGAACUUUGAAUUUAGAACUAUGUGUCUUUCAAUAAAAUGCAACACAAAAUUAGAUUGGGGUUCUAUCAUGAAUUGUUGAUAGCAGCAGCAGAGCAGCAACAAUAAGUAGCGGCAACAAUAGAGUAUAGUAGCCUGAGCCUGCAGUAGUAGCCUGAGCCUGCAGCAGUUUGUUAGCAACAGCAGCAGCAAAAUAGUUAGCAACAACAGGCUAAUUUAGUAUAGUUAUAGUUUAGUUAUUAAGUUGUUAAGAUUUUUGUUAUUAUCUUCUUGUAUUUAUAUUCUCUCUUGUAAACUCUUAUUCAAUUGUAAUGCAAUAGAAAUAUUUUCACAAA